UCUCGUUGCACAUAGCGUUCGACCGCGCCGCACCUUUCGCCGCCUGUUACUCGUACCCAAUAAAAAGCGUACGAUCGAUAUUCUAAAUUCAAAAGUGACAGAAAAUUAGUGGAUCUGUGUAAUAAAGAUGGUUCGUAAAAUCAGUGCGCUUCUCUGCUGUUUCUGCGUUUUGGGCAUAUCGAUGUGCGAUAGCGCUAUUUCUACGGACAACGAGCAGAGAUGCAAAAAUCCACCGACGGCUCCACAGAAGAUCGAACGUGUUAUAACCCUUUGCCAAGAUGAAAUCAAACUGUCAAUACUCAGAGAAGCCCUAGACGUCAUCAAAGAAGAACAUACCAUGCCGGCUGAACGGAAGCGUAACAAGAGAGAAGUACCCUUUACACACGAUGAGAAACGCAUUGCUGGGUGUCUACUGCAGUGCGUGUACAGGAAAGUGAAGGCAGUCGACGGUUUCGGUUUUCCGACCCUCGAAGGUCUCGUCGGAUUGUAUUCGGACGGAGUCAACGAGCGCGGCUACUUCAUGGCGGUUCUAGAAGCCUCCAGAGAAUGCCUGAUGAAGAACCACGAUAAGUUCUCCAGGACCACGCCUAUGGAUAACGGCCGCAACUGUGACGUGUCCUUCGAUAUAUUCGAGUGCAUAUCGGAUCGCAUCGGAGAGUACUGUGGCACUUCAGGCCUAUAAGUCUACACACAGAUAGUACACACUACACGUCACUGAAUUUCCAUCGAACUAAAAUUUUUUUUUCCUGCCUAAGUUGAUAGCCUUAAGAGGCUAUAUCAGCGACUAUAUCACGGGGCUCAAA